AUGGGUCUCGCAUCUAAAUUAGCAGCCGCACAAGCAGGUGGGAACGCAAACCCUUACGGGGGAGGUGCACCCGCUCAACAACAAUCAUAUGGUGCCCCCCAACAACAACAGCAACAAGGUCAAUAUGGACAACAACCCCAACAUGGACAAUACGGCCAACAACCUCAACAACAGCAAUAUGGUGCUCCUCAAGGUCCACCUCCUACUCCUGGACAAAGACCUACUUCAGGACAAUAUGCUCCUCCCUCUGGACCACCUCCUGGUCAAUCCCAAUACGGCCAACAAGGUCAAGGUCACGGGCAAUAUGGUCAAAAUCAAUAUGCUCCCCCAUCAGGACCACCACCAGGUCAAUAUGGCCAACAACAAGGGCAGUACGGCCAACAACCCCAAUACGGUCAACAACAAGGACAAUAUGGCCAACAACAGGGUUUGCCAUCUCAACAAUACGGUAAUCAACCUCCACAAUAUAGACCUCCUCAAGGUGCUCCUGCGUCAGGUGGAGCACCCGUAGGUGGUGGUCCAAAUGCUCAAGCGAUCUUACAAGCUUUACAACAUUGUGUUCAAGAGCAAAAGAUCCAAGCCUUCUACCCACCUGGUACAGGUCAACUCGAAGCUAUCGCCCAGAGAGUCGCUCAAUCAGGUGCUUUGCCCAAGAUCGCUCAGGAAUGGAGAAUGCCCCUUGAGCUCGCUUCGGACUUGGUCAAAUUAUCUUUGUUCGACGUUAUCCUUUAUGUAGAUGAUAGUGGAAGUAUGGCCUUCGAACAAGGUGGUGAACGAAUCGAUGAUUUGAAAUUGAUCCUCUCACGGGUAGCCUACGCUACUUCCCUCUUCGACGAUGACGGUAUUCAAGUCCGAUUCAUGAACAACCGACUUGAGGGGAAUGGCAUCAAGACUGAACAAGACGCUUUGAACCUCGUCAAUCAAGUCAAAUUCUCUGGUCUUACUCCAAUGGGAACUUCUCUCGAUCAGAAGAUCCUCCAACCUCUCCUCCUCGGUCCAGCUAGAGCAAACGCUUUGCAAAAGCCUAUUCUUAUCAUUGCUAUAACCGAUGGUACACCGGCCGGAGAACCCACGGAUAAGGUUAUUCAAGUCAUCGUCAACGCCAGUCGAGAGCUCCAACGAACCAGAUACGGGCCGGAUGCUGUUUCAUACCAAUUCGCACAAGUCGGUGAUGACAUGAAAGCGAUGAAAUUCCUUGAAUCGCUCGACAAUCAUCCAGUUGUAGGGGGGAUGAUAGAUGUAACCUCGAAUUUCGAAGCUGAACAAGCGGAGAUGAUGAGAAAGAACAACAUGGACCUCAGCCCCGAAGCCUGGCUGAUCAAACUCUUAAUGGGCGGUAUAGAUGACUCGUACGAUACUCAGUAA